AUGUAUACGAAGUCGAUCUUCAUGAGACGAACGUUCUAUUGGUCUGAGCGUACGUGUACAUUUGUAUUUAUUCUUGUAGUCAUACUAAUAUUUAUAUUUUGGACCGAUGUGCCUUUGAAACCAUCAUCUUCUUGUCAGCAAGUGAAUAUUUAUGGGAAAAUCAAUGAACAACGUUGUUAUCCAUUGUUGAUUAACUUUGCUGAUGAAUGUUGUACUCAAUCACAAGAGGACAAUUGCGCAACGGGUCUUCGUUUUGGAAUAAAACAAUGUGUGAGAUUAAAUAUGAAUAUAUUUAAUAAAGAUAAAAUAUUCAUUCGUCGAAAUCGAGAGAUUCUCAGUUAUCGUCGAGGUGCAGGAUUUUGGAUUUGGAAAGCAUAUAUUCUUUGGCAUGAAUUAUACGUUGCACAUAUCAAUCUUCUUGUGACAUUGAUGAAAAAACAAGAUAUUUUAGUAUUCAAACAAACAAAUCAUAGUGAAUGCGCGUAUACAAAACGAGAUGCUUUUAUUCUUCUCAAUGCGGAUACUCCGGAAUAUGUUCACUCGAUGGCUUCUAUCGCUUCUUACAUCAUUGUUCGUAAAAGUAUCGAUAGUUUCUUGUUUGUAUCAGAAUGGCUGACGUAUUCACAAGAUAAUCGAGCAUUGACUGACGAGCCAAAUGUUUUAGGCAAAGCUAAUUAUGACGAAUUUAUCACUCAUCGUCAUGAUCAAUCGAUUCUGGGUAUUUUAGCGAAAAAGUGGAAAUUGAGAAGGUACACAGAUCCCAGUCAAUUUGGAGAGAAUUAUUCACGACCAUUUCCAACAAUAUUUUGGCAUCAUCGUUCAAAAGACUAA